GGGUGUUCCUAGGCACUUCCGGUUACCAAAUUUCAAAAAUGAUUUGAAAAGUUUGCCAAUCGUAUUACGUGUGAUAGUUGGGGAACAAACCAGCAUGACUAUUCUAGCCAAAAUCAAAAGGAACUGGUUCCUCAUUGGCAUCGUUUUGGUUAUCACUUUGGCCAAGUUGGACCCGGAUAUUGGAAUAAAAGGAGGGCCUUUAAGACCAGAGAUUACAGUGAAAUUCAUUGCAGUAUCUGUGAUAUUCUUCAACAGUGGAUUGUCCCUGAAAACAGAGGAACUGGCAAGUGCUCUAUUACAAGUAAGACUGCAUUGUUUUGUCCAAGGCUUCACCCUCAUGCUGGUUCCAUGUCUGGUGCAACUCCUCGUUAAUAUUCUGGAAUACUCAUCUAUCAGCCCAUGGCUACUCAAGGGUCUGUUGGUUGUAGGGUGUAUGCCACCCCCUGUGUCUUCUGCAGUUAUACUCACAAAGGCAGUAGGAGGUAAUGAGGCUGCUGCCAUUUUCAACUCUGCUUUUGGCAGUUUUCUGGGUAUUGUGAUAACCCCUGUUCUACUGCUGUUAUUUUUGGGUUCUUCAUCUUCCGUCCCAUUUAUGUCCAUAUUUGGUCAGCUCUCCAUGACAGUGGUUGUUCCGCUUGUGAUUGGUCAGAUUGUGCGGGGCUUUGCUAAAGAACGCAUCACAAGAGCGAACAUUCCCUUUGGGUCAAUAAGCAGUGCAAUAUUACUGGUGAUAAUUUACACAACAUUCUGUGAUACAUUCUCAAAUAAAGAUGCAGCUAUAGACACCUUCAGUCUACUCUCAACAGUUUUAAUAGUAUUUAUGGUGCAAGUUGUCUUACUUAGCCUGACAUUUUACGUGUCUAGUCGUCCUUGGAUGUCAUUCCAACCAGCAGAUACCGUGGCUAUAAUGUUCUGUGCCACUCACAAGUCACUUACAUUAGGCAUUCCUAUGUUAAAGAUUGUCUUCAUGGGCCAUGCCCACUUAUCUCUCAUCUCAGUGCCUCUUCUUAUAUACCACCCAACGCAGAUCCUGCUAGGAGGUUGUCUCGUGCCUGUUGUUAAAAACUGGAUGCUCAAUGCGCAAAAACAGAGCAUGACUUUGGAUGAUGAUGAGAAUAUGAUUAUUCUCAGUAGUAAGUAACAUGGACAAAAGGUGGCUCUGAUCUGGUGUUACUAUGGGGACAGAGGUCAAACAGAUCAACAAGACAGCAUAUCACAAUAUGAGGAUGAACAACUUACUCUUGGUAAACUGGAUGAGCAGGCUACUUUUUGGGCUAGCAACUCUCAGGUUCAUAGGAUAACACAUAGUGCAAAGUAGGAUGGGGAUCUAGGGACAAUCAAUCAUACACAUCGAACAUCCCACGCCAGACAUAUAUCUUUAAUGGAUAUUUGGAGUUAUUCAGUGUAAAAGUAUUAUGUGGCAUGUGUUUUGUAAGUGAAAAAAGGUUAUUAUGGUUAUUAUGAUCUAGGAUCACAUCAUAGAGUUAUUGCAAUCUACUUCUUACAUGACUACUUAAGAAAUGAAGAGACUUUGACAGAACAAAUAUGUAGUCAUGGUGAUAUUUGUUAUAAUGACAACGAACAUGCAAUAUUCAAUGUAAUGUUAAUAAUCUGAGAGUCGCACGUUUAUAUGUAUAACAUAGCAGACGCGAAUCAUGGGAAGUAUAGUUUAGUGUGUCUCUAGAUACUCCAUUCUCAUUGGUUAAUGAAGGGUGUACGAUAUAUACCGGGUAUAUAGUAUUUUUAAAAAACAACUUUAUAUACUUAAAUAAAACUUACAUUUUAUGUAACAUAUGAUGUUUUGGGCUAAUGUGCUGAUGCACAGCUCUUGUUAGGUGUAUGUUGUGUUCUCAGGGUUAAAAGGUCAAGAGGAGUGAAUUAUUAAAACGUUUUUUUCUUAUUUAUCUUGACCGUAUACCUCUACAAUUGGGAAAUCGGGAUUGGAAUAUAUAAUUGCUGAAACAAGUAAAUUACUUCAUAAACAGUUUUGGGGGCAGCCUUGUAUACGUAUUAUAAAAAAUAAUAAAUGAAUAUAAAUGGACAUUGCACAUGU